AUGCCGUCAUUCCCGCAUUCACCGUCUUUUAAGCGACUGCUGGUCGCCAACAGAGGCGAAAUUGCCGUGCGCAUACUCCACGCUGCACGAGAAUUGCCCAACCCAGUUGAGACAUUCGCUCUCUACACUGCUGACGAUCGGUCGCAUUGCGAUUUGGGGUAUCCACAGCACGCUAUCCAGAUACCCUCCGCAUCAUCCUAUCUAGACAUUUCCCUGCUUGUUGAAUUAGUCCGCAAGCACUCCAUCGAUGCAGUGCACCCAGGAUAUGGCUUUCUCAGUGAGAGCGCCGAGUUCGCGCAUCGCAUGUGGACCGAGGCCGGCGCCGUCGUGAUAGGUCCUGGCCCAGAGAAUCUCGCCCGGACGGGUGAUAAGUUGAAGGCAAAGCAACUAGCACAGCAAUGCGGUGUCCCUGUCUUGGAGGCUAUGACUCAGCCGACUUCUAACGAAGACGAAGCACGGACGUUUGCUAGACGGGUUGGGUUUCCUGUCAUGAUUAAAGCCGUGGAUGGAGGAGGUGGGAGGGGAAUUCGUCUUGUCCGUGAAGAAUCAGAGUUGGAUAAUAGUAUCCAGCGUGCUAUUGGCGAGUCACCUUCGCGAACAGUCUUUGUUGAAAAGGCUGCUGUGGAUGGAUUUCAUCAUGUGGAGAUCCAAGUCAUUGGUGAUGGCACUGGCCAAGUGCGACAUCUCUGGGAGCGAGAUUGCAGCGUGCAGCGGCGAUUUCAGAAGGUGGUAGAGUAUGCGCCAGCCUUGAUGUCUAAUCGAAACUUGAUUGCUCGAGUAAUUGACUCGGCACUGAAGAUGGCAAGUGAAAUUCGGUAUCGCUCGUUGGGGACUUUCGAGUUUCUGGUCAGCCAAGGCAAAGGCGAAUUCUAUUUCUUGGAAGUCAAUCCGCGGCUGCAGGUUGAGCACACCAUUACCGAGUCUAUCAGUGGGAUCAACUUGGUUCAGACGCAGCUUCUUCUGGCACAGGGAUGGACGUUCGCGGAACUGGGCCUGGGAUCUGAAGUGAAUGCCAGCGCUCCUUCGCCAGCGAAUUCCCACUCUAUUCAACUGCGUCUCUGUGCAGAAGACCCCAGCAAUAAUUUCGCUCUGAGUAUCGGCAAGGUAACCGAGUUCGCCGUCCCUAGCGGCCACGGCAUUCGUGUCGACACCAACAUCAAUGCCUCCGGGGCUUCUCCAUUGGUUGUGGGCUCGAACUUUGACAACCUUCUUGCAAAAAUAAUCGUCACGGCAUCCACUUGGGAGGCCACCGUUCGCAAGGCUCAGCGAGUCUUAGCCGACUCGAGAAUCUCCGGUGUCAAGACGAAUCUCAAUCUUUUGCGGGGCAUUGUGGCACAUCCCGAUUUCAUGACCGGUCAUAUCGACACGCAAUGGCUUAGCAUCAAGCUCGAGGAGGCCUACCAGCUGGGCCAAAGUAUCGCCAAGGACCUCCAAAGCCAGCACAUCUCCAGCGGCUCCUCCCAGCAGUCAAUGGCACAGAGUGGACUGCCCUCGUCCAGCCUGCUCUUCCGCAAAGGGGACGCGUGGUCCAUUACGCUACAACCUCUCGAGAACGGGAACCCACAAGCAUCCGCCAACGUAGCGCAUCACCUUAAGCUAUCGCGGGUCCUGCGAAAUGAGUUCCCCACCUCCCUGGCCGCCGAGAUCGAGUACACGACACCAUCCUCCAAGACUGCGAUUCCGUAUCGUAUGCAGCUGGAUACGACUACGACAGCGGCAUCGGCAUUGGUCUCCUCGUCGCACCGGCGGGGCGACCCGAAUAACCCGCAUCACAUCGUGCUCCCGCUGUCAGGCAAGUUAAUCGAGAUUCUGGUUGCGAGUGGGGAUGUCGUUGCAGAGAAUCAGGUCUUGGCUUUUGUCAAGCAGAUGAAGAUGGAGCUGGAGGUACGUAGUCCUCGCGCAGGGACGGUACGAUGGGUGCACGAGAUGGAGGAUGAGGAUGAGGAUGUUGCGGAGGGGAUGUUGUUGGUGGAGUUGGAUGAGGAGCUGAAAGUUGAAGGGCAAUUGAAGGGCAAGUUGUAG